AUGACAUCCGUGAAUUUGCGAAGGACAUUCCGCUACCCGGAUUCAGAGAGCGAGCAUGAAACCAGAGGAGAGCUGGAUGAAGAGGAGCAAGAGGCAAUGAUCCAAAAGUUACUGCGCCAGGACGAGGAGCGGAAUGCCCAAUAUACACUUAUUUUCACCGCCUUGCCAUUAGCUUCUAUCCUUCUGUAUUUACCCUAUAUCUUCUACUCUACAUCUACAGGAUCCCAGAGGCUUCUAUGCAUACUCAGCAUUGCCUCCCUUCUCUCAACGGCGUACAUUAUGAAAUACAUUCGCCUAGGACGUCCAGAUCCCGAAGACGAACUCCCCAGAAGAGACACCGGAGCUGAGCAAUGGCCCAUGACACUCAGGCAAUAUCUCGUCGCUGCAAAUACUGUCAUUUGCGCCACGCUCUCCGUCGUUGCAUUUUCCACAGAAAACAACAGCCAUAAUGGAGAUGUUUUCUGGGCAUUGUAUCUCGUUCCUGGUUCUGUGUUCAUCCUCAUCUGGGGUUCAAGGAAGAUCAUGAUGUCAAUUGAUAUUAAAGAACUCGAAUAUCUGCGGUAUGAAUAUAAGGGCGCCUAA